AGCUUACGUAAAAUGAAAUCCUCGUCUACAUUAUCAAGUUUGAAUAGAAUGUAUCGACAAAAUAAUCGUUCAGAAACGAGCUUUUCUUCCAAACUAUCUUCGAGAUCUUCUAAACAUCAACUGAAUUCUUCGUCAUCACCACCACUUACAGAUGAGCCGUUGUCUCAACAGCAAGAUCAGCAGCUGUUUUUUGGAGAUAAAAUUUUGGAUAUCAGUAAACCAACGAAAUUCGAACAUGGGAUUCAUGUGGAAUAUGAUAAAGAUAGUGGGAAAUAUAUGGGUUUGCCAGAUGUUUGGCAAUCAAAUCUACCAAGUGAUGACGUCCUUGAUACGCACUAUAUUACUCCUCAUCUUGUACCUUCACCUGUCAAACCAGAACGUAACGUGAAAUCAACGACCAAUACAAAUAAUAACACUUCUACGCAUCAUAACACUUGUAAUAACACCUCGACGGCACCUACGCUCAUAGGUAAACCCUUCAAUGUACAGCACAAUGUUCACGUUCAAGUGGGUAAAUAUGGAUUCAAAGGGUUGCCUUUACAAUGGCAACAAAUUUUAAUUGCAUCAGGCGUACCCGAAGAAGUAGUGAGGAAUAAUCCAACAACGAUAGAAAAGUUGAUGCAGCAUGUGCGUAUGCCCGAUUCAUUGCAAUCGAAACAACUUCAACACCAUUCGAAUCAUAUCCCGUCGGCAUCUUCCAUUUUUACAAUGGAUGAUAAUGUUUCUUUACCUGUGGGUUAUGCGCCUGUUUCUAGGGCAAGGUCUUCUAAACUAUUGCAUCUUUCAGAAUUCAGAAAAUCUCUUGCAUCCAUCAAUACCAAGGAUGCAAAGCAAUUCGCUUUGACGUCUAACUUUUUAGAUGACUUGAUCGACUAUUCAGCAGAUCCAACCACGCUUUAUACCGACUUCAUUCUCAUUGCUGAAGGCGAAUCAGGGCCUAUGUAUGCAGCCAAGCAAAUUACUACUCAACGUAUUGUGGCUAUCAAAAAGAUACCUUUUACCGCAACAGAAAAACUUUCAAAAAUACGUAAUGAAUUAACUACAAUGAAAAUGAGUCGACAUCCAAAUAUUGUAGAAUUUAUUGCUUGUUAUAAAUAUCACCCUACGGCUGGCAGCGAGAAUAGUGAGGAAGGCGACGAAAUUUGGGUAGUGAUGGAAUGUAUGGACGUAUCGUUAGCGGAUAUUAUAUCUAUACCGCCUUAUCCAACUGAAACUACCACAAGAAUGACAGAACAUCAAAUUGCUCGUGUAGCUCGUGAUACCCUUAGAGCAUUAUGUAAAUUACAUAAAUUGAAUCGUAUUCAUAGAGACAUCAGAAGUGAUAAUAUUCUUUUAAACAUGAGAGGCGAGAUCAAGUUAGCCGAUUUUGGUCACUGUGCUCAAUUAUUAAAAAGCAAUCCAGAACGUAAUUCAAUCGUAGGAACACCUUAUUGGAUGGCUCCUGAGGUCAUCAAGGGUUUAUCGUAUAAUGCCAAAGUGGAUAUUUGGAGUUUAGGUGUUGUGCUCAUGGAGAUGGCCGAAGGAGACCCACCUUACGUUGAUCACCCGCCGUUACGAGCUCUCUUUUUAAUCGUGUCGAAUGGAUUACCUGCUCUAAAACACCCGGAGCGUUGGUCAGAUCAUUUCAAAGACUUCCUAAGGCUUUGUACAUUGGAAGAUCAGAAUGAGCGACCAGAUGCCAGUACAUUGUUAAAGCAUCCAUUUGUAGUAAGUAAAAAUUCAGUUGGCACCACGGAGGAGAUGAUUGAUUUAGUAGAGGAUACAAGACGAUUAGAAUUGCUACAGCAAGAGGCUGAA